AAUAACUAUUAAUGAACUUGGAUAAUGAACAUGUGUUUAGAGUUGAGGGCAGCUGUGAAUAGCAUUCAAAGUUUUAAGAAAUACUACCUUUUAAAUAUGAGCUAGGCUAAAUCAGUUUCUGGUGUCUGAAGUCUAUGGAGUGGAGCUCCACCCCUCCCCCUGCUUGCUUUACGGGAGUGGAGCUGAGGUUAGGCCGCAUGUCGUUAGCUCGAGCCAGGCGAACCUUGACAAAAGAAUUGAACGACGUAGCCACCGAGGGUGUGUAAAAAAUAAACUUCUGAAAAUCCAAAUGUAGGUUGUUGAUACUUUUGACGUAUUGUUCGAUUUUGUUCCACUGCCAAGAGGCCUGCCAAGACAGAAUACCACAGCCUGGCCUUAUUUCACAACAAGGGAAGAACAAAUUUUCUCGAGCUAAUAACAUUUUCAAGGAAAAGGCAGCUUGUAACUGAAAAUAUUUAGGAAAAAACUGACCACGACUAACUACAGUACUGUCUUGGUAUGGAAAGUUUCGUGCUAUUGCUAAAGCACUACUGACACCAGUUUUAAGGUUGUUUUGGGGUGAUUGUGUUACACCAUUUGUCAGCCAGUUUGUAGCUAACAUUGAUGUUAUUGAGAAAGACAUUCCUAUGAUAGGUACAUGUUUGCGUACGUUUGAUAGGUUUUGUUUUUCAGCUGUAUCGAACGAGUACUUACAGCUAAUGCUAAGUUAACGUUAGUUACGUUACAGUAAGAAUAACAACCAACCUGAGAACUUAUGUAAAAGUGUUCAUUCGUAUGCAUUUAUAUGUAAAAUGUUAUUCGUAUGUGGGUGCACAUUUUCAGUUACGUAUGACAUAUUAUAGAGCACCCAUGUUUGUUUGAUGUUCAAACGUUAUUUGUCUUACAGAAAGUUAUCCUAUGAGUAUUAAGGUCUUACAGAAUCUGGAAGAACUCGUUUGGGUGAAAACUGUCCAAGCAUGUCAAGGGGGAGAGGUGUUUGUAUUUCACUGUGUUUAUAUUAACUUGUUCUCUGUCAAAGGUCUUCAGUCGAAUUGUGAACGAACCUUUGAAAUAAGGAGUAUGUGAAAAGGCAGUCCUCUCUGGAAAAUAACAACAGAAAAAAGUAAAGGAGUGAUUAUGAUAGGAAGAGGAGCAAGAAACACACAUAUUUCAUCUAACCAUAGACAAAACAAAAGCAAAGCAACUGACUUCACUUCCCAAGAACGCUGAAUUUGAAGAGCAUUGAUGUCUCAGAUGAGACUGUGAACAGUUUAGGAGUCUUAAUUCUUACACAACAUGUCAAUUUAGAACUCUCUGAAGCCAAAGGACUGUCAACAGCAGGCCAUCCGUGUGUGCCAAUAGCAGAAGGAUUGGUACCACAUUCUUUCUUCGGUUGGAUUCAUAACUAAGCAAUGGCCAUGGUGAGAGGGGGCUGGGGAGACCCCAAUGGGGAUACAAAUGGAUUAGGGGACAAGAGUUACCUGAGGGGCGAAGAGGAGGAUGGCUCACCCCAAGCAGGAGGCAGUGACAUGGAGGCUGGAGAUGAUGACAAAGGCUGUGUGGUGGACUGCGUAGUGUGUGGAGACAAAUCAAGUGGAAAACAUUAUGGUGUGUUCACCUGUGAAGGCUGCAAGAGCUUCUUCAAGAGAAGUAUCCGUCGCAACCUGAAUUACACCUGCAGGUCAAACCGUGACUGCCAGAUUGACCAACAUCACCGUAACCAGUGCCAAUACUGCCGUUUAAAGAAGUGCUUUAGAGUGGGAAUGCGUAAAGAAGCAGUUCAGCGUGGACGAAUCCCUCCAUCUCAUGCUAGUAUCAGUCCCACAUCCACUCCGGUGGGUGGUGGCAACACAGCAGGAGGGGUGGGUGAGUUCUACAAUGGGCAGCCCGUAUCGGAGCUCAUCUCACAGCUUUUGCGGGCCGAACCCUAUCCCAACAGCCGUUAUAGCCACCAGUACAGCCAGCAGAUGCAGGGAGGCAGUGGAACUGCCAUGGGCAUUGAUAACAUAUGUGAGCUGGCAGCCAGACUCCUCUUCAGCAUCAUUGAAUGGACCCGCAGCAUCCCCUAUUUCCCAGAGCUGCCUGUGUCUGAGCAGGUGGCCCUUCUGCGACUCAGCUGGAGUGAACUUUUCAUCCUGAACGCUGCCCAGUCUGCUUUGCCUCUCCACACUGCUCCGCUCCUGGCUGCUGCCGGCUUCCACUCUUCCCCCAUGUCUGCAGACCGUGUAGUCUCCUUCAUGGACCAAGUGCGGGUCUUCCAGGACCAAGUGGACAAGCUGACCCGCCUACAGGUGGAUUCUGCUGAAUACAGUUGCCUCAAAGCCAUUGCCCUCUUUUCACCUGAUGCAUGCGGUCUGACAGACCCGGCACAUGUGGAGAGCCUGCAGGAGAAGGCCCAGGUGGCACUGACUGAGUAUGAGCGCAUGCAGUACCCCGGGCAGCCUCAGCGCUUCGGCCGGCUGCUGCUCCGACUGCCCGCUCUCAGGGCGGUCCCUGCUUCCCUCAUCUCUCAGCUCUUCUUUAUGCGGCUCAUUGGGAAGACGCCCAUUGAAACACUCAUCCGUGACAUGCAGCUCUCCGGCAACUCCAUCAGCUGGCCCUACGCCCCUGGACAGUAAUAUAAGGGUGCUGCUUCUCCAUCAUAUGAGGUGAUCACAGUGCUGGCCAGGCACCAGUCUUGUGUUUGGCUAGACACUGGAGAUGUCUGGAUCUUGAAUUCAUCGUCUGCAGUAAUGUUUUCAGGUCUGAUAUUGGCUAUGGUGACUCAACAGCUGCAGAAGAAUGUGUGUGUUUCUUGGAUUAUUCUGCGAAUUUCCAUCAGAUGGUUUGAUGCACACAAGGAAAGAGAAAUGUUAUGAACCAAAUAUCUGCCCUCCCACUAAAGCGUGCAGUAUAAUGCAAGGAAGAGUAACAUUAAUUAUUUGAAAACUGUUUUAGCCAAAGGUAAUGGGAAGAGGCUAGGUACUGUUUAUUAUUUUUUUUCCCUUUUCUUUCUUUCUUUUUUUCUUUCUGCCGUAGUUGACGCAUUUGGAAUUAUAUCCAAGAUAUGUCAUAAAGUGUAGUUAACCAUUUUGUUUAAAGGAAAUAUGAAUACUAAAAAAGCGCAGUCAUGUAAUGGCAGAAGGUGCUUUUCAAAGCUCUAGUUAUUUAUCUGUAAUCGAUUUUGUCACCUUAGUUAUAUUAGAAUAAUGUGGGAAAAUCAGUGCAGUAGAAUCAUACUACCUUCAGUAUUUUAAUUGGCCUUCACAAAAUUAAAUCUUUUAAACAUCUGCCCUUUAAUAAUUAGUUAUGCCGAAUACUGAAUAAAGAUCGGAACUUUGUCCUUAUUCCUGCCAUUGAUCUGCCAAAUGGAACUAAGGCACACAUUGUUUUUCUCUGAUGAACUAUUUCCUGCUGCUCAUAUGUAUGAGGACAUGGUUGGGUUUCACAUUUCAGAUGUUGAUCUUUGUGCCACAGUAAUAUACAUUUGUUUUGGUACUUGUUCCUUAAGUUCUUGACAUGCUGAAAUAUUUGCUCUCCAUAACAAUAUUUUUCAGGUAUAGAAAGACAACAACUCCCAUGAAUAUGAAAAACUGGAAAAAGUACUUUUUAUAUUAUCAUUUUGAGAACACGUGCUCAAAAUGUUUGCGUAUUGUCUAAAUAUAUUUGUACACCAAAAUCUGUAUCUAAAAAUCACAUACUGUAUAUGUGAUCAGUAUCAUCUGCCAUAAAAUCACCUUCUACCACAUUCAGCAUUUUCUCUCCAAUAUCAAACACAUGGUACAUUACAGGUACUGUAAAAUGGUGAUGCAAGGAAUUAGAUGUAGUCUUAUGUGUUUAAUUUGAUAUUAUAUACAUGGACAUCUGUUUUGAAGGGGAAAAAAGUGCUACUUAGAUUCUGAACAACUGUUUUGACACUGAAAUGUCUGGCUACACAUAAAAAGAGAGCAUGCACUAGUGUGACUUGUGUUAUAUAGUUUUAAGUAUGGUUUCCGCCUGCUCAGUGUGUUAUAAAAAAUUUUCUAACUAGUUAACUUUUGUUAAUGUUGGUUGCUCAUUACUUUGCUGAUGACCAAAAUACCUCCUUUGUCCUUUGAGACACAAAUGAACUAACUCAGUCAUCCUCAGCUGUAUCAUACCAACUCAGCCCAGCUGUUUGCUUUACACUAAAAUGAAUUUAUCUGGGUUUGCCUUGGUUUGUGUGUCUGUGUGUCCGUAUGUUUGUGCGUGUGUGUGUGUGAGAGAGAGAGAGAGAAUGACAGGGAAAGAGAGCUAAUGCUCAUGGAGAAUAGCAGCAAAACUCCUACACUACCGUUGUCAUCUAUGUGAGAUUAAACUGUCCUGGACUUGGUGUUCUACACAAGAGGGCUUGUGAUACCCUAAGGCUUGUUUUUGUGCAGUGUAUUUUUGUUUCUGCCUAGCCUUACCAUACAUCUUAUGAAUGACUUAAAAUUACCUCAUGUCUAGACUGUCAGAGAUGUUGGAUGGUCUAACUCUCACACAGAAUCAUAUCUGAAUUCUACUUAAACAUGUACAGUUUUCAUUUUAAUAUCUUUGUCUUUCUAAAUUCUUGUGUAUGACAGCAUAAUUAAACACAAGUGUG